UGAUAUAGGAGGGUUACAACACUCCCUCUUAUUGCAUUUCGAGAAUAAAUCAUGUUAGAAGGCUCAGCUACACAGCUGCUGUAUUUUUCCCCUCCCUCAGAUCGCAAACUUUCACUUCCUAAUCACAUGUGCUAUAUUAAUUUACAUAUGGAUAUUUUAUACGUACAGAUGGCUAUUGACAAGGCUUUGAAAAAGGAAAAUUCCACCCUUGGAUGGAAAAAGCUGAAGUCGUUUCGUGAAUGAUCCAGCAACGGACCACACAUUCUCGAGAGCGCUGCAACGAACCAAGUCCUUCUUCCUUCUUCUCUGCAGUUUUUUUUUUUUUCAAAUGGAAAGUUACAAUUUCCUUUAUGUGAACACCUUGGUGCACGAUUACUUGAAAUACAUUUGCCAAGAAGCUCAACUGGCAGCAGCCCCAAACAGAGUUGCUGAAGUCCUACGUAAAGCUGGAUCUUCUGCUCAGAAAGAAGUUGAAAGCAACCUGAGACCUUAUGUGGACUCACUGGAGAUUCAUUCUGUAGAGGAAGCCAAUGACAUUUUCAAUCAAGUGAUGGAAAACGAAUUUGCAGAUGGGACAAUUAACUGGGGACGCAUUCUGACAAUAUUCCUGUUUGGCGGAAUCCUGGCCAAAAAACUGCAAGGGCCUUUGGCCAAAGAAAACUUGAAACAGAUGUCUUAUUUCAUCACAGACUAUAUCAUGGGCACCAAAGGAAAGUGGAUCAGUGACAAUGGAGGAUGGGACAAUGGCUUUAUUACCAAAUUUGAGGAUAAAAGCUCUUGGAUAUCCUUGUCCACUUUGAAGACAAAGCUCUUGGCUGUUUUUUCCCUCUUCAAUCAAUAUCACUCAUAAACCUGGUCAAUGCGUUCUUGAGAAUAUUCCCUGGGAUGACUUCCAGAAACAUUCCCUCUUAGCAAAAGACUGAGAAUGUUUAUUGAGCUCAAGUGGGAAGGGGGGGGGGGAAGAAUACUAUAUUUCAAACUUUAUUUAUAUGUUAUUUAUAAUAUAUAUUUUUCCUUCUGUGGAAAUGCGUGCAGAUGCUAGUGUGCAAUAAAACAAAUCUUUUAGCAACUCAA